UUUGUCGACAGUGUUGUUGCCAACAAUAAACUCAGUAUUUUGUAAAGUAUUAACUUUGAGUCAAUUGAAUUAUCCUAAGAGAGGCCAUAAGAGGCCUGAUUUGAGCACUUGUUUGUCCAAAUCAAAAGAUUGGACCGAAGAUUGUAAGACUAUUGACUCGACAAUACGCACAACAACUUCUUCACUAUUUGUCGACCCAUUUCUCGUAACGGUUUCUUCAGACAAACCUAACGAAACUCCUGAAAGAGUUGGCAAUACAUUACAAGAGAGCACAAUGAUUAUGGAAAGUCUGGACACAAUCGCUCAGUUGAGUGAACCACAACAUUAUACACUCAGCUUUGAUUCAUUUAAACUUCACGAAGAAUCUGAUGACAAUCCAUCUCCUUCUCGAUCCGAGUCUAUCUAUACUAUAAGUAGAUCGGGUGAUGAACCGGCCACUGCUGGUGAACGCACACCUGGUAGUCCCGGCAGUGCUACCGGUGAUAAUACUAAUAUAUCACUUAUUGAUGACACUCUUAAUACUCCGGUGUCUACCAGUGCCGAUGUGUCGGCAUUUUUCUCUAUUGUUACUGCAAUUCCUGACGCGCUUCCCAUCACAGCCGAAGCUGCCGGUCCCGUCCAACAAGACAAGAGUGAGGGCAGUGGUACUAACGUUAUGUACCCGACCUCAUCACCGGUAGAACAAAAUACAGUCAACACAAAUCAACGCGGACUCAGCUAUCGCGGCCAAACAAUGACCGGCUCUACCAUUUGCACCACUGGUUACUCGCAAAUAAGCGCACCCAAUGUCUGUACGACAUCGUCGGCCUCUAUGUCACAGUCAGCACAGCCAACACCAGUUCAAUCGUGGCUUUGUACAGAAAAGUCAUCCAUUUAUACACCAUUGAUCAAUAUCUUAGGGACACAACAACAGCAACAGUUGGUGUCAUCGACGAGUACUCAACUAUCUUCGCACCAGAUUUCUGGUCAAACAGAUAGUGGUUUACAACAACAGAUGAGUAUCGUUGAACCACAUUCUCCACAAUUGAUUACUGGUUUAGCCACAGAUUUUGAUCAAAAUGCAGAGAUAGGCUAUUCAACAGCCGAAGCAUUGUUUGGCAGUCAAUUCAGUGACGGCUUCUCUCUACGCCAACAACCUAUUUAUACCAGCGGUCAAAACACAGGUAUUUGCACACAAGAUACUGUUGUGGGCGCCGCAGUGGCAGCACUGGUGGCCACUCCAUUGGUUUCUUCUUCAACAGCAUUGAGUGAUGAUUUAUUUGGACGAUUAGGGACUCAAUGUGUAACCACAUCAACACAACAACCGAAAUACCAGUGGUCAACGUUUACAACCUCAGCUCCAGCUCUCCAAACAUCAACAGUAGAUUACGGCACUCUUAGUGGACAAUUAGCUACUAUUGUACCGAAACAGGAACCCAUGCCAGUGUCAGAUACUGCAUAUGUAAUCACGGCCAGUAUAUCACCCGCCAGUGCUAUACAAUCCAAUAGUUCAAUCAAUAGCCCUGGCCAGUCAUCGUCAGGUGCAAUACCUGCUACACUCGCAGAAUACAAUCAAUCGACAAGUAAAGGACACGAGAUCUUGAGUCAGGCCUACCAGAAUAGUCCGAUUCCCAUCAAAUUGAUUCCCGUCAAAUCACGCAAAUAUCCCAAUAGACCGUCUAAAACACCUGUCCACGAGAGGCCUUACGCCUGUCCAAUAGAAUCCUGUGACCGACGCUUUUCCCGAAGCGAUGAACUGACACGACAUAUACGCAUACAUACGGGACAAAAGCCAUUUCAGUGCCGCAUAUGUAUGCGAUCCUUCUCUCGAAGUGACCACUUGACCACUCAUGUGCGCACACAUACCGGUGAGAAACCAUUUUCAUGCGAUCUCUGCGGUCGAAAGUUUGCCAGAAGUGAUGAAAAGAAACGACACGCGAAAGUUCAUCUCAAACAAAAAAUAAAGCGCGAGUCACGUACUGGUGGUUCGGGUAAUAGUAGUGGUGCCACAAAUAGGUCCAGUGGUACUACUGGAGGACAAUCGACCACUAGUAAUGGUAAUCAGUCACAACAACAACACACACAGUCGUCGUCACAAACAUCUACCACAUCAACGAUCACAAGCAUUCAUCAUACCCUACAAACACACGCAUCACAAACUCACCAUCAAAGAGGAGCACAAUUAGGACCACAACAACAACUACAUCAUCAACAACAACAACAACAACAUCAAUCAUCCACUAGUCUGUGUCCGGUAACGUGUACUCUAACAGGUUUGCCUACCGAUCCAAAUGAAUACACGAUGACUAUCGUCACAACUACUGCCUUAUAAUAAAUAAGAGAUGAAUUGCUUUUUCAUUGUUUUCACAUUCUUUUACAUGUCUUUUUGGUCUCAAUCUCUCUCUCUCUCUC